AUGAGAAUUCAAUACAUUACUACUUCCAAGGGCUUUUAAAAAUUGAUUUUCAAUAAUAGUAAUCUCUUGUCAGUUGAAUAUUUAUAAGAGGAAGGAGGGAUGUUGAUAAAAUGCAGAAAUAAGAUAUUAAGAACGCAUUUCGGGUCUAAAUUUGAAGAUGGGAUAAAGAGUGUUUAAAUUUCAACUCUAGGCACAAGAAUUAUAUACGUAUCAGAUCUGGUGAUGUAUUUAUACAGUGUUGCAACAGGUAAUAUACUAUUGAAAAAGAAAAUUUAUAAUGUUGAACAAUUGAUAUUAAAUGAUCAUUCAUUAAUAAUGAUUGAAGGAGAGUUGAUUAAGUAUUGGGAUAAAGAAUAAACUUGA